UAACAUUCUUGCGUUUACACUUAAGAAAGAAGAAGAGUCGGAGUAACGCGGAGUGUGAAACGCGUUUAAAGGUGUUAAAACAACAAAUAAAUUGUUAAAAAAUAGUUUUGUGCACUGUUUUCAGGUGCUACUUACGCAAUACACUAAAAUGUAAUGGUGAAACGUAUUAGUUAUAGCUUAAAAUGUAGUUUUAAAAUUUAUCUUAUUAGCGUGUUGGUAAAGAUGAAAAACACAUAGGACGUGAAAGUGGAAACGUUUAUUUAAGCAGGCAGCAAACGUUUAAACAACGCCGCGUUUUACAACCACAAACCCUGCAAGCCAAAUUACAGUGUGUGCGUUUCGAAUUUGUGAAAAUGUAAAAUUAAAAAAAAACCCAAAGCAGCAAAUGAAUGCAACACAAAAUUAAAGUGCCGAAUAAAGCAAAGCGACACACUAAACCAAAAUCAUUUGCCAUUAAAAUCGUGUUGUGUACAAUGAAGUGAAACUAUAUAAUAAUAGACGCAAAUGGAACAUACAACGAAGGAUCGUUUAAUGAGCUAAACUUAAAGCAGUUUCGUUGUGCUGGACAACAACAAGAAUAACAAAGAACAACGAUACGACCGAUAACAAGAACAACGAGUGUUAAAAUAAAACUUGUUAAGCUAAAGUUAACAGGAGGCGCAAUAAAAAGGAAGCGUCGACUUUGAAGAGAAGAGAGAGAAGUAGAAGUAGAAGAGAAAGAAACAGAAGCAGAAACAAUACACGCACCGUUAUGUUUGUAAUGGCUAACAAUGUAAUGUGGUACAGUGUUGGAAAUCGUUUAUGCAAUUUGAAUGCGCGCCACCCACAAUUAGCAGCCGCCAGCAGCGGUCAGGCAAACGCCGCCGAAAAGAGCAUUUCUGGUUAUGCAUUAGGCCCCCAAAGGUUUGGGGGCACCAUCACCAAUAGAAGCAGCAGCAGCAGCAAUAGCAAUAGAAACUGCAGUGCAACACGACUAAAGUCACAAAAUCAAAAACUACUAAAGAAACAGCAAAAACAACAGCAGCAUCAUCGGCGGCCGCAGAGGCAAAAGCUUCUAGUGAAUAAGAUGUCUAGUGAGGUAGUGUUGUGAAAUGCCAAAAGUUAAUACGCAGCAGCAGCAGAAGCAGGAAAACAUAACAAAAAGAAGAGCAACAAAAACUUAGCACCAGUUAAAAGCAGCCUCCCGCCCCGUCUAAUACAUAAAACCUUAGUUUAAAAGCGAUCAACCACUUCUAUAAAUAUAUAUAUAGAAAACAAAUAUAAGAAAUAUUAUUUUGUGAGCAAUUAAAUUUCGUAAAAAUGCCUAUGUCCAGGCACGACACGGUCUUCGUGGAACCUGUCGUCGGCAGCAGCGGCAACAACAGCAACACCAGCAACAGCAGCGCCAGCACACGAAUUGGUAUCAGUGGUCCGCAGCAGCAGCAGCAUCCGCCACAUAUUGUGAUCGAUGGCAGCAGCUUAGCAACGCAGGCACAGCUGAAGCGGAUCAUGCAGCGGCGCAUGUCCAUUCAAGCGCAGCCCGCCCAAAAGUACGCGGUGCGUACGACAACAGCGCAACAGCAGCAUUUGCCACAGCAGCAGCAGCAGCAACAUGAAUUGCUUAAUCCGCAAAUCUACAAAAUUGUUACGACCGAUGGCAGCACAAGCAAUGUCAUCAUCGAUACCUCCGCUGCAGCACCGCCGCAUAACUCGAAGCUCCUGCUUAGUAAUCUCACGGUGCUGUCUAAACAGGCGCCAGCCAUGUCCUCCCAGUCACAACAUCAGCAGCAGCAGCUCAGCUAUGUCAACGCCAAGAAUUUACCCUACGUGACGGCAACGCCCGCGCUUAAGCAGCAACAACAGCAAAAGUUUGGCACAAUUGGCGCUUACAAAGCUGUGAAUGCCAGCGGCAAUGCUAAACAGUUGCAAGGGUAUGCGCAGGCAACGCAACAGGCGGGCACCACGCCGGUAAUGCAAAAAGUGACAUUGGGCUCACGGGUUGUGACGCGACUCCAAUCAUAUGUACCGCCUCAGCAACAGCAGCCGCCACAGAUCAUUGUGCAGCCAGCAUCAGCGACGCAGCAGAAAUAUGUUAGCUCUGUGGGCAAUCGGCCGGCGAUAACGACGACAGCAGCGGCGUUGCUUAAGAAAGCCAAUCAGAAAAUAACUGUCAAAAGUGUUGGCAACAUGUUGCAUCAGCAGCAGCAACAUCAGCAGCAACAGCAGCAGCAACAACAACAGCAGCAACAACAACAACAGUUAAAGGCUUUCAUCUCCUCGCAGCAGGCAACACACAAAGCAGGCGUCAAAACCAAAUUUGUUAAGCAGUACAACAGCGGAUCCACUGGCUUGUCCAUUGCUGCGGUCCCACAGCAACAGCAGCAGAAUGUCUAUGGCAAACAGCAACAACAAUUGACGCCCAAUAAGCUGAACAAACUGACUGCCAGCAGCACAACGAAAUAUGUAUUGCAACAGCAGCCGCUGCAACAGUUGGCCGCCAAUUUGCCACAAGGCACGCAGUUGCAGCAGAAAACAACAACGGCUGCGGGCAAUGGAGGAUACAUGUUGCAGCAGUCGACAGCGGGCGCGAUUAAGUUUGUUAACUCCCACGGCACCGUCAUACAGCAGCAUCCGCCCCAGGGCCAGGUCAAGCGCAUUCACUACAACAGCAGCAGCAGUGACAGCAGUACCGAUCAUCAUCAGCAGCAGCAGCAGCAACAUAACCAUCAAUCGUCCUUGAUCACAGAUGAUGUGAUGAUUGUGAAUGGCACGCAGAUGACAGAUGAGCUAUCGGCACGCAUCUUGCAGAGCAUGGCUCAAAAAUCCUUUAGCCAGCAGCAGCAGCGCUUUCAGCAGCAAACAACGCCAACAGCAGCGGCAACAUCAGCAGCAACAAACACAAGCAUGCCGCCGCCGCAGCCAACGUCAACGCCUACGCAGAUUAUAUACGGCGGUAGCAGUACCAACAACAGCAGUAGCAGUAGCAGCAGCAGCAACAGCAACGCUGUGGCAGCAACGACGAGCAAUCUGCUGCUGAGCCACUAUCAAGCAGCAGCUGCAGCAGCCGGCAUGUCACCAAGCUCGUCAGCAGCAACCCUAACGCCGGCCUCAUCGCCAUCGCCAUCGCCAUCAUCGUCAUCAACAGCGUCUGCAUCAUAUUUGACGGUGACUUCCUCCAGCACGCCCUCGGUAAGCAUCUCCUCGCACGGGUUUGCCAGCGGCAGUGCCGCAAUGUCCUCCUACAUGUCGGCCACGGCAGCGCGUCGUCAAUCGGUCAGUGCACCAAGCAGCCGAGCAACAUCGCUCGAGCGCAAACAAAUACAGCAGCAGCAACAACAACUGCUACACGAGGCUGUCACAGCAGCAACAAUACGCAAACCGCCGCCCAGCGUGGUCGAGUAUUAUAAACACAGUCUGAGUCACAACAGCAGCAACAGCUUAAGCAACCUAAGCAGUAGUCUGCGCAGCAACUCCAACACGAGCCUACAUACGACGGCGACAACGUUGGUUUCAUCAGCGGCUCCACAUUUGACACCCGUGCACGUGGAGGCAACGACGCUGAUGAUGAAGCCUCAGCAGCAGCAGCCACAUUCACAACAGCAGCAGCAGCAACUGAAUGCAAAUGAGGAAGAGCUGUAUAUAGAGGAAGUGCGUCCAGUGCCUGUGCACACGCAGGACUUAAGGUUGCAGCAAUUGCAUGCCAUUAUGCAGGAUCACACUUACGCCUCUCAGCAGCAGCAACAGCAGCAACAACAGCAGCAGCAGCAGCAGCAGCAGCAGUCAGCGAUGGCUGGCACCACAUCCGCGCAGCAACUACAACAGCAACCACAGCAAUGGUCCCUUGGUGGCAUUGGUGUCACAGUCACCGGCCCCGCUACUACUCCUAGUGGCUUCAAUAGCUUUUAUGGACAACAGAUUGGACGCCAUGUGCCGCAUGAUGAUGAUGCUCACUCGGCUAUAAGCGGAAGCUCACGCUUGGCCGGUGCCGAUAUUGAUCCUGGAGAGGAGACGGAAACGGCGCCCGAAGCAGAAGCUGAGGAUGAUUCAGUUACUCGCUGCAUUUGUGAGCUAACGCAUGACGAUGGUUACAUGAUAUGCUGCGACAAGUGCUCCGCCUGGCAGCAUGUGGACUGCAUGGGCAUUGAUCGUCUCAACAUACCCGAAGAGUAUCAGUGCGAGCUGUGCCAGCCGCGACCCGUGGACAAGGCCAGGGCUCGUGCGCUGCAGCGUCAAAAGCGUCGAGAGCAUAUGUUGCUCGUAGCUACACAGGCAGCAAGUGGUGCUCCGCCUUCCACGGCAACAGCGGCAGCCGCGGUUGCCGCUUCGGUCGCAGCAUCAGCAGCUAAUCCAAUGGGCGUUGCAGGAACAGCAGCGGGCACACUGCUGUACAACAGCCAAGAGCUGUCACAACAGCAACAGCAGCAGCAGCAACAACAGCAUCAGCAGCAGCAGCAACAACGGCUUGGAGCUGGGCCUAACGGUGGCUUUGGUCCUGCUGCAGGUGGCAUAACUAAGAAAUCAAAGAAAACCAAAGAUGGUGCAGCCGGGUCGCUCAAGAAGAGUAAGAAGAGUGGCGACAAGCUAAAUGCCAGUGGCGGCUCAACCGGCGGCACAGCAAGCUCCAAGUCGACGAAAAAGAGCAGCAAGCGCAAGAGUAAGUCCGGCGCCGAUGGCGUCGGCGGCAGCAGUCCUGCUUUGACUGCCGCAGAGAAGCAUGCAGCGAAUUUGCGCCAGUGGAUCGAGCACUAUGAAUACGCCGUCACAAAUCAUUAUUCGCCGGAAUUGCGCGCCCGUCUGCAUGCCAUACAAAAGCAACCCAGCUUACUGCAGAGCAUACAGAAUACAGAGAAUAAGGCGUUGCGUCUGAUUGCUGCAGGAUGUGCCACGGAACUGGAUAAGCGUGCCCAGUUGAUACCAUAUGCGGGUGCCAAGGUGCUGAUCAGCAGCGUGGACCUGGCACCGCAUGCCCCCAUCCAUGAGCUGCGUGGCAAGUACAUGUUGACUACACAGUUCCGGACACAGAAUCCCACCGUGAACAUGAAUACUCCGCCGCCGAGUAACUAUUUAAACAGCUUCAAGGUGCACAAAACGCCCGGACAGUUUGUGUUCUUCUAUCAGCUGCCCGGCGUGGAGGCGCCCAUGCAAACGCAUCCACAGUUGGCGAACCAUCAGCCGCCGCCACCGUUGCCCGCCUACCUCAAGGGACCCGAAGUGUGCGUCGAUACGCGUACCUAUGGCAAUGAUGCCCGCUUUGUGCGUCGCUCGUGCCGGCCCAAUGCCGAACUGCAGCAUUACUUUGAGAAAGGUACACUGCAUCUGUAUAUUGUGGCGUUGACGCACAUUCGAGCCCAAACGGAGAUAACGGUGCGGCAUGAACCGCAUGAUUUGGCUGCUGUGGACCAGAAAAAGUCCCACUCGGCUGUCAUACAGCCAACAAGUACGCGCUGUGCUUGUGACCUGGGCAGCGACUGUUUGUUCUCCCUGCCGCUUGCUGUGCAACAGCAGCUCCAGGCGCCGCCCGCCCAGCCGCGCAGCAGUCAUCGCAACAAGGUAGCCGCUGCAGCGGCGGCAGCAGCAACUGCUGCCAACAGCGCCGCAGCGAUACAGCUGACCAUGGGUUUAGGCCGCACAGUAUCAGCUGCUGCAGUGGCGGCAGCAUCAACAGCACGCAACCGCUCCACCUCGUCUAGUGGGGAGAGCAGCAGUCAUAUGGGCCUCAAUAGUCCGCAGUUGAGCCAGUUGAAUUUGGGCUUUAAGCCCAGUGCAGCUGCAUUGACGGCCACUAUUGGAAACGGCUCGACGGCAGCGGCAACUGCUGCUGCAAUGCUCUGCAAUAGCAAUAGCAACAGUGGCAACAGCAACAAUUCGUGUUCUGUUUCCAUGUCCAGUGUGCUGCACGAUUCGGGCAUUUGUACAUCAUCUUCGUCGCCGUCAGUGUCCAUUCCAUCGCCGACACCUGCGCAAUUGCAGUCGCCUACGUUGCAGCAGCAGCCGGCGCAGCAACAAACAUCGCUACUGCAACGAAGUCCAACCCAGCAGCAACAGCAGAUACUCGCUGCACUGCCAACGCCUAUGUUGCUAUCGCCGCAGCUGCUGCAGAAGCCGACAGCGCAACAACCUUCACUUUUGCAACAUCAGCAACAGCAACAACACCAACAACAACAACAGCAGGAGCCGCUAGCUGUAAUUGCAGCUGCAGCAGCGGCGCAGCGUCCAAUGGCUACUUUCUAUUUGCAGCCGCAACAUCAGCAGCAGCAACCUCAGCAGCAGCAACAAAUCAAUUUGCAGCGACAACAGCAACAAGAACAAUUGCACGCACAGCAGCACCAACAGCAGCAGCAACAACAGCAACAGCAACAGCAGCAACAACAACAACAACAACAACAGCAGCAGCAGCAGCAACAGCAGCAGCAGCAGCAACAACAGCAGCAGCAGCAACAACAACAACCACAACAACAGCAACAACAACAGCAACAACAACAGCAACAACAACAGCAACAACAACAGCCACAACAGCCACAACAACAGCAGCAACAACAGCAGCAACAGCAGCAGUAUGCACAGCAGCAGCAACAGUUGGCUGAUGAGGCACGCAUGGCAGUUAGUGCACUACAAACUUUGCAUGCCACGCCCACAGCGCACAUGGUGACGCCUAUAAAAAUUACAACAACGCAGCCGCUUAAGCAACAACCGUCUCAGCAGCAGCAGCAGCAACUGCAGCAAUUCCAACUGCAACAGCAACAGCCACAGCAACAACAGCAGCCAUCGCCACUGCCACAAGCACAGAUUUAUCACGCAGCGGUGUCGCCCACAAAAACGCCUUCAAAAUCGCAGCUCAACAACUGUAGCAACAAUAAUAACAACAACAAUAAUAAUACUACAACUCCAACAACGCGUAAAACGCCCGCAAAAGCGGCAGCUGCAGCAGCAACAACAACACCAACAAUCAGCAGCCCCGCACAGGAGGUCAAGGAGGAGGAGUCGGCAGCCGCAGCAACAGCUAGCGCGCCGGCAACAUCGACGCCCGCUGCCAAAAAGGACAAACCGAAGUCUCGAGAGGAACGCAAGUUAGAAGCCAUACUGCGUGCCAUUGAUAAAAUGGAGAAACAGGAGGCGCGUGGUAAGAAGGCUGGCGGAGCAGCUGCUGGCACUGAAAGUCGUCAGGUGGGUGGCAAGCAGCGCAUGAGCAAUUCGCCAGCAUCGCCGCGCAAACGCAAUGCCAGCAGCAAUUCCAUAAGUGAAUCGGCCGACUGCAGUUCCCUGGGCUUGGGCACACCUACCAGCACCAACAACAACAAUAAUAACAGCAAGGGUAGCGCAGCGAGACGCAACAAAAAGAAGCGCAAAGUGAGUCGCAGCUACAACAAUAACAACAACAACAACACCAAGCGUAGAAAAAGUCUGAGUGAAUCAGACGCCGAAUCGCACACCGAAUCGGAGCUAGCUUCACCAGCUUUACAGAAUCAAAAUGCAAUGCAACACAACAGCAACAACGCCUUGCAACAGCAACAGCAGCUGCAGCAGCAGCAACAACAAUCGGCAGAUCAGGCUGCGGGCUUACUUCUAGCGCUGGCUCAAAACUGCGAACCGUUCAAGCCGCCAGCCGCAACAUCUGCGGUGAGCAGCGCUUGUUUGCUAAUUGAGGCAGCAAUGGGUCCGCUGGAGCAGCAGCCAGAGCAACAGCAAUCGCUGCAAUCUCCAUCUGUGGGAGAGUUCAAAUAUCCGCCGAGUGGCGCAAAGACAAAAAAGUCGCUUAUGUCCAGCUGGUUUCAAUCGGAACAAUGCGAGCAACAAUCCGGCUUAGACAGUCUUGUGCAGGCCGCCAUGAGCGAAAUAAAUGGCUCCAGGGAGCAACUACAACAGCAACAGCAACAACAGCAGCAGCAACAGCAACAGAUGCAGCAAAUCCCUCCACAGCAGCCGCAGCAACUGCAAAUAGAUGCUCCGGCGCUGCUCAAAGUUGAGCAGUUCAUACAUCAAGUAGAGGCCACUGAGCGUUCGCAGAUGCCCUCAGUGCAAAACAAUUCAUCGGUUAAGAAGCGUUGGCUGCGCCAAGCCAUUAGCGAAGAGACUACCGAUGAGAAUCAGCCCCAGGCACCGGUUACGCCCACUCCCAGCAUAUCGCCACUGCAGCAACAGCAGCAACAGACGCCACCUCUACUCUCGAAUGGUUUUAGCACGCCCUUAAAGAAGCGACGUCUGGUGGUCAUCAGCAAUGGUGGACUUGAGGCGACGGCAGUAGAGGAGCCGCACAUUGAUGUUAUUGGCAGCGCCGGCGAGGAGGAGCACAAAGUGGAACAAUUGGAGCAAUCGCAGACGGAAGUACUAAAAGUUGAGACACAUCAGCACUUCGAACAGGAUGACGAUGUGGAUAUUUUGCGCUCACCCAGUCCAGGCGCACAGCAGAUUGUUGCCGAGGACAAUCUGGUUAAGAUAGAGCCGGAGGACACAAGUGCAGCAGCUGACGAUGUCAAGAUUGAUGUGGAGCGUGAGGAGAGUCAAGCGUGUGAUAAGUUCGAAGAAUUACUCAAUGUUAAACGCGAGCAAGAGGAGCAACAACAACAACAGCAACAACAACAAGCCAAAUCGGAGGCAGUGCCAGAAGAGAAGCAGCGAGUGGCUAAAGUGGAACCCAAGGCAGAGAUUAAACCAGAGCCAGCAGCUAAGCUGACGGCCAGCAAGGUGGAGUCAAUGCCGGAGCCUAAGCCGGGUGAAUCAUUGCUACGCACAGCAGCAAUAGCUGUAAUGCCAGCAAAUGCAGCAACAACCACUGCAAGCUCUACGACUGAGGCAGAUUCGGCAAAGGCGAAUAUCAAACCGCGCUCCGCAGCCGUAAAAGAUGAGGAGGAACCGCUCAAAAAGAAACCCAAGUUGGAAACCAACUCAGCAUCGGCAGCCACAGCCGCAGCCGCAGUAACAGGAACAACACCUCCAACUGUUACUACGGUCGCAACGCCAAUCCCUACGCCACCGGCAACAGCACCAGCAAUAACAACGCCUGCUGCCAGCAGCAAAAAUCUAACCGAGCUGGAUAUACAGGAGCGCCUCUUAUCCUUCCAUGCUGAGAAUAUAUCCUAUUUGCAAUCGCGCAAUAAAAAGGCAACCAGCAGUUGUUCUGGCAAGAGCAACAAUAGCAGCAGCAGCAAUAGUAUCGCAGCCAGCGUUGACUUGCCCGCCAAGAAGUCCAGCAACAAGGAGAAGGAUGAGAAGCGCGACAGAGACAAGCAGAUAAAGAAAUCGAAAAAGGAAAAAAAGAAGUCAAAGGAAAAAGAUAAACUAAAGGCAGCAGCCAUAGCAGCAGCCUUGGCAGUUGCGGCGCCUGAGACCAAAAAGAAGCAGCCCAAAGAGAGUAAGCAGCAAUUCCAACAACUGCCAGCAAUAGUAUCCACACCCACGCCUGCAAUACUCACGCCAGUGGCAGCGGCAACUGUAACAGCAGCAACCACGAAUGGCAAGACCAAGCACCACAGCAACAUGCUUGAGCAACAGCAGUUGCAGCUGCAGCAGCAAUCAGCACUGCGACGGCGCACCAUGUCCAUGUGUGUUACACCAGCCACGCCUGCAACGCCCACAGUGCCAACAACUCCCAUUCUAGCAACAACAAAGAAGCGACAAACCAACUUUGAACAGGAGCUGACCAAACCCAACAGCCAAAUACUCAGCAGCAGUUUGUUGCUUAAUACCAGCAAAGCACCGCAGCAACAUCAGCAAACAGCGCUCACAGCAGCAACAGUGGCCGGUGCAAUCGUUGCGCCAACAACGGCACAGCAGCAGCAUCGCAAGGAAAACAAUCAUCAUCAUCACCAUCACCACCAUCAGCAGCAGCAACAGCAGCAGGAGGCAACCGGUUCGAUGAGCUUGGCAGCGGCCAUAGCCAGCGGCAAAUUGACGCCGAUCAGUAGACGACGAGAGUCUAUGUGCGGCAGUCGGCAGCAGGCGCUCAUUGCGGCAGCGAUCAAGAAGGAUAAAAAGGAGAAGAAGAAGAGUAAGAAAAAGGACCGCGAAAAGAAGCAAAAGGAAAAGGUGAAAGGCAAGCAAAAGGAUAAAGACAAGGACAAGGACACAACAAAGGUAAAGGGCAACAAUCAACAGAAGCAACAGCAGCAGCAAACGACUACAGCAGGCGUAAAUGCAAUGCCCAAGGCAGCAUUAGCUAAGGCCGCUAUAACAAAGCCUUCCACACCCACUGUGCAUCCUGCGCCCAUAUCAGCUGCACCGAUACCCGUGCUAAUCACGCAACCAACAUUGGCAACACCAACAGCAAUGCCAAUGCCAAUGCCUGCGUCUGUGUCUGUGCCACUUGUUGCCAGCGGUGCCGCAAAGCAAUUACCCUUCUACAAUACCAUUUAUGGCAAAUUGCAGGAGCCGCCCGUGUUGCCAUCCAGUGCUUCAUUGGUAUCUUCGCUGACCAAAAUAAGCAGCAACAUACCUAGUUUAGCUGAGUACUUGGAAGCAACGAAAGCAAAGGCAGCGGGUGCAGCGACGGCGCAAACAGUCGUUGCUGUUCCACCAACAAUAGCAACAGCAGCAACAGCAACAAUUGCCGCGUCCGCCAACAACGGAGUGGCUGCAGCGCUGGAGAGCAUGCCGCCGCCAUCAACAACACCGCUUAAACUCUACACACGCACUGCCAGCCAUGAUCCGAGACUGAAUCCCAUGCUUACAGUGCCGGAGCCAGCGCCAAUGCCGAAACGCAAGCUUUCGAUUAGCGAAUAUCGCAUGCGCCAUCGUCCUUCGGUCGAUACCGCGCCUACGACUCCGACAACGCCCACAACGCCAACGGAGCGCUGCUUUGCCAAGCCGCAGACCAUUAACAAAUGUUCGCUGCAGUCACCGGAACGCUACCAGGCGAUGCGUGAUCGACGCAAUUCAAUUAGCGUCCACCAGAAUCAGAACAACAGCAACAUCAAAAAUCAUCACUACCAGCAACAGUUGCCACAUCAGCAGCAGCAGCCAUCUGCAUCGGCGCUUAAAAGCAACAUGAAGAACUCCGUAAUAAACUCCGCAGCGGCCACGCUUAGCACCGUCAACAGCAUCCUGAGCACUGCCCACAAGCUGCACAUGUUCGAUGACAAGCCCAAGGGUGGCCACUUUAAUGCAGCGCCUACAUUGCUUGAGCAGCAGCAGGAGAAGAUGAGCGAACGUUCGCGUUGUCUGCAGCGCACAAUUUCCUGUGAUUCCCGUGUCAUCGAGCGCCUGGGCGCCGGGACAACAGCUGCAGGUAGCGCCAGUCUUGCCGACAAGGCGACUGGGAUGAGCGCCAGGCGAGAUGGAACAUAAGAGCUACUGAAAGGAAUUACCUCGAAAUGAAGACAUCGGAAGACCCCUUGGAUAAACAAAAAAUGCAACCUCAACUCGAAAUAGCAAUCAAAAUCUGAAUGUGGAAAAUAUCGAUGGCGUACCCAAGGACAUAGAUAUUUAUAUAUUUGUUUAUGUUUAUGCUAAGCGCGUUUUUCCUAUCUAAACAAAUGUACAGCAAAUCCGGACAUAGAAGAGCAAAGGCAGUCACAGCGAAAUUCAAUCCUUAUUAUUUGUGUUGUAAACGCUAUAACUCGCUAUAAUUAAUACUACCUAAAUAU